AUGAUCAGUGACUACCCUACUUUAAAGGAGACCUUUAGGUACGCGACUGCAAAAUCUUAUCUUCAACGCUUAGAAGUUGUUAAGAUUAAGGACAACUUUUCAGGCGGUGCUUAUGGUAUUGUUGACACCUCAGGAGAAGUUUGGCGUGAUCAAAGACGAUUUGCGCUACAUGUUCUAAAAGAUCUCGGUCUCGGCAGUGAUGGAAUGGAACAGAGGCUGCUAUUUGGUUACCGAUUUGAUGAAGAGCAUGUUGGCGAAUUUCGCGAAUUGAAAAAUAUGAUCUCUCGACAAAUGCGUGAUUUUGCGCACCCAGCUGCUGGUCUGGUGUUCAUGUAUCCAUGGCUUGGAUAUCUACCAUACUUCAACAAUAUGCUCAAAACGUUAAUAAGCUACCGUGAUGCAUUCUACUCAUUUUUUGACAAACAGAUUGAAGAACAUAAGAAGAAUAUAAACUUUGACUCAGAUGAAUCCAACGAUUAUGUGGAAGCAUAUUUAAAAGAGCAAAAGAAAAGAGAAGCAGUCGGUGACGACUCAUUUAAGUUGAUAAGCUAUCGUGAUGCGUUCUACUCAUUUUUUGACAAACAGAUUGAAGAACAUAAGAAGAAUAUAAACUUCGACUCAGAUGAAUCCAACGACUAUGUGGAAGCAUAUUUGAAAGAGCAAAAGAAAAGAGAAGCAGUUGGUGACGACUCCUUUAGCCACCUUCAACUACAAAAUGUUUGUCUGGAUCUAUGGUUUGCUGGUAUGGAAACAACAUCAAAUACACUUUCCUGGGGUGCAGUCUAUCUACUCAACAAUCGAGAUGUUCAGAUCGCUAAUGUCAUGCGCCAAAUUCAGGUUAAAAUGCAGAAAGAACUUGAUCGAGAAAUUGGAUCAAAACGUGCGAUUACAAUGGCCGACAAAAAUAACUUACCCUACACCAAUGCGGUAAUCAAU